AUGACUUCGAUGUCAGAAAACGCCAAUGCAAGUCUCGUAGCGGCCGCAGAGGACUUCCUCGCGGCCGCAAAAGCUUUCAAUGGAGAGCCAAUGGGUCAGAUGGCAUUGGUCAAGAAGGCUGAUAAGCUAAGAUACUUGAGCGAAGGGCCAAGGGACACCAUCUUCCGGCAGUGGGAUACUAUACAUCUCACUGCUGCAAUCAACAUUGUAAAGUCCACUGGCGUCCUUGAUGAGAUACCCAAGAAGGGUACCAUCACAGCCAAAGAGCUCUCAGAAGCCGUUAACUUACAUGAAUCUGUAGUUGCACGGUCUAUGCGGAUCCUCUGCGUUCAGGGCAUCUGCGACGAACCAGAACCCGAUAUCUACUCCCACAACGCCAAGUCCCUUGUAUACAUCACAGCUCCAUCCAAGUACUUCUUUGAUCUCAUCCUAGACCAAGACUAUGUGUUCAAGAAACUACCUCAGUACCUCAAAGACCACUCGACCAGCGAUCUGAUGGACCUCAAGAAGUCUCCCUACGCCUACGCCUACAAUCGCAUGGGUAUGAGCUACUACGAGGUAAUCUCAGACGACCCUGUCCGCUUUGAAAUGUUCAACCAGUCCAUCCGUCAAAUGGACCAGCAAAUGCCAGUCCUGGGCAUGUUCCCUUUCGCCUCCCUGAAAGAGCAAGUCGAAGCCGACACCUCGCGGCCUUUCAUCGUCGAUGUCGGCGGGGGCCUUGGCGCGCCCCUGAUGAGCAUCCAAAAGGAAGCGCCGGCGGGCUUCGGCGCGAAAUGCAUUCUGCAGGACAGAAAGGAUGUUCUGGACUCGAUCAAAGACGAGGAUAUCCCAAAUGUGGAGAAGAUGGAGCAUGACUUCUUCACGCCUCAGCCUGUCAAAAAUGCGCAUGUCUACCUACUCCGCCGGAUUUUGCAUGACUUCUACAUGCCUGUCUGCAAGGACAUUGUGAGAAACAUUGCGUCUGCCAUGGGGAAAGACUCGCGUCUACUUAUUGGCGAUUUCGUAGUACCAGAGAAGACCAAUGUUGGCGACGACCUGAUGGUGUACUGGAUGGAUUUCAGUAUGAUGGUGCUGACUGGCCAGGAGAAGACGGCGAAGCAGUUUGCUGAGAUCCUUGAAGACGUAGGCUUGGAGCUUGUCAAGAUCUGGAGGUAUCCAUAUGGUGCCCAAGCCGUGGUCGAGGCAAAGCUCAAGCAAUGA